CGGUCUUACUGGUGCUGGAGGACUGACGUGACGUUGGGCAGCAGCAGGAGAGCGGGCAGGAAACAUGGCGGAGGCGGCGGCUGUGUCUCAGCAUCGCUUCUUCUGUCAUCACUGUAAGGGAGAAGUGAGCCCCAAGCUGCCGGAAUACAUUUGCCCCCGAUGCGACUCCGGUUUUAUUGAAGAAGUGACGGCGGACUCCAGUUUCCUUGAUUCUGGAGGAAGUCCGACGGAAGACAACGCAUCGACGCACUUCGCAGAGCUUUUGGACCAUUUAGACCACACAAUGUUUUUCCCCGACUUCCGAAACUUCCUGAACAGCAGCUCUUUGGACCAAGAUGGCAGAGACCACGAACGGGGCCACCAGGCCCACCCAGACCUGAGGGUGACUCGUCGGCCUCCCCGACAGCCCAUGACGAGGUACAGAUCCCGCGCCAGCUCGCGUCCCGACCGGAGCCCGGCCAUAGAAGGGAUCAUCCAACAGAUCUUCGCCGGUGUCUUCGCCAACCCACCCUUGCCAGGCGCACCGCACCCGUUCUCACUCGGAAUGUUGCACUCGAAUCCCGGAGACUACGCUUGGGGCCAGAGCGGCCUGGACUCCAUCGUCACGCAGCUUUUGGGCCAGCUGGAAAACACCGGCCCCCCUCCAGCCGACAAAGACAAGAUCUCAUCCCUCCCGACAGUAACGGUCACUCAGGCGCAAGUGGAUAUGGGUCUGGAGUGCCCGGUGUGUAAAGAAGAUUACGCGGUAACGGAACACGUCCGACAGUUACCCUGCAACCAUUUCUUCCACGGAGACUGCAUCGUGCCUUGGCUGGAAUUGCACGAUACAUGCCCCGUGUGCCGAAAGAGUUUAAACGGAGAGGACUCGACGCGACAAGCCCCCGGAUCUGAGCCAUCGUCCAGCGGCGACAGCCACAUGCACGACCGAUGGACCUUCUGAGGACCUCAGACCUGCCUUUCCCGCAACCUGUAAAAUGUGUCGGAGAUCGGAGCAGCCGCCGUGCGCUGCCUCACUCCCAGAUGUCAUCUAACAUCCGAGGAAUGAAGAGCUCCAACAGCCAAUCCUUGCUUUGCUCGAAAAUAAUAAGAAUAGACCUUCUUCGUUCUUGUCCCAUGUGAGCAAUGAUGAGAAGCCCACUAAGCCUUUGGCUGUUUUUCCAAGAAAUAAGGACAAUUUGCAACUCUUGCCACCCAUUCUUCUGCCUUGCGAGUGAAAGGAUACAUAAUAGCGCGUUUAUGUUACAGAGGAAACAUCUUCUCCACCCCUCCUCAGAGGAACACGAAGGAUGGCACGGCAUACGUGGUGUCAUUACUCUGAGCCAUCCAAACCGCCACCGGAAGGAAGGACAACGAUGAGCAGUUUUUAUAUUGGCUGGAGAACAGAAUUAACCGUAUCGACAAGUCCUGCGUGCCUGCAGCGGACAAAACAAAAGCUUAUUGGGAUGAAUCGAUCAAGUAUUUACACGCUAUUUGGGGGGGGGGGUUCCGUUCAGUUUUAAGGUGCCUGUAAGAAUCUGGAACUCAUCUCACGACCCUAAUAGUCCAGCAACCGGACACCAAGCGCUCCCUCGCCGCCAUAUUCCCUCGACUGUUUCUAGUGCGAGAGGUGGACCAUCAGGUUUUCUUUGUGUCUCGUUUUUCUUUGCACUUAAUUUUUGCACCCCCCCCUCCAUCCAAAAUGUCCUAUAUUUAACUCCAGCCCCCCACCACCCCACUUGGUUCUUUUGUGUAUCGAACAUAACAGUAACAUAUGAAAUAUCAGAAAAACUAGAAUCGAUUAAAAAAAAAAGACUGAUGAUUUGUAAAUUAAGAUAAAUUUGCUGAGAUAUCCAAAACCAGUCACUUCUUGUGUUGUUUGUGUGUUGAUGGGAAAUCAUCGCGUAGGUUUUAUUGUCGUGUACGGUGUGAAUCAUUAAUUACACAGAAUUCUGCACUCUGGAUUUUAAAAAAAAUAAAAUAAAAGUAUAUAAUAAGA